GGCGCGCGGGUUUGCCGUGCCUACGCUCGCCGGAUUCGCCACCACCCUCCCCUCCCCUCCCGAUUCCUCCAAUCUUCUCCGGCCCAUCCAAUCAUCCAAUCCCACCGCCGAAUCCACACCCCCUUCCACCUCGGCUUCGCCCUCGAGGGCCCCCCCUCUCGAUCCGGAAAUUCCCCGGGGCUCCCUUCCAUCCUGCGCCGAAUUCGCCGGGGGCAUCAUUUUGGAUCCAAUCCGGCUUCCGCCUCUCGCCGCGCGAGCCCGAAGCCGCUGGAAUCCGUCCAGCUCCGCGCGGCGCCUCGCGGGGGUUGAUGCCACCGGGCGAUGGAUCGCCGAACCUUCCGGAGUAACUCCUGCAACGCCGGCAAGAGCCAGGCCGCGCCGCCCUUCUCGGUCUCCAGGACCUCCUCGGCCCCGGCCGCGACGGGGGCGGCCUCCAAGGACGACGCCGGCGAGCGCAGGGCGCUGCUGCCGCCGCGCCGGCCCGAGGGCGGCACCGCGCGCAAGGGCCAGAAGAAGCCCAAGCGCCGCGUGCAGUGGAAGGACACGCACGGGAAGAAGCUCGUCGAGGUACUCGAGUUCCAGCCUAGUGAUUCAAGUGACUCGGAUGAUGAAUAUUUGGAUACUUGCAUAUGUGCAAUCAUGUAAAUACCGUGGAGCUGAAUCUUGGGUGCAACUUGCGCAGGUGGAGAGUAUGAAUGUUUAGCAAGAGCUGUAUCUUAAUGUUAAGCAUUGGCCUAACAGUCUUGUAUAGAAAAAGGUUCACUCCCACAAGCUCAAAUUAUCUCUUAUAAUUCAAGUAGGGGCGUCUGUCUGCCAUCUCCAGCUCUCCGCGACCGAGAAAGGACCGGCGACAAGGAGCACAUGCAAUGUGUUGAAUGUGCAAGCAGCAGGAAGUUAAGUUAGAAUUCAGAGAUAUUGCAGCAGUUAGAAAGGGGGAAAGGAUGCCAAGAAAGGAAGGAAAGCCUUUCUUGGGUUUAUUUUUUGGACCGCGGCGCUGCAGCAGCCUCGCUUUUCCUGACGAGCAAUGCUAUAUGUGAUGAGCGGAAUGCUCUUCUUGGAAUCAGAACAACAAUAGUAUUUGUGUUAUUGCACAGCCCGAACUGUAAUUGGUUUUUGUCAAUAGUGUGUGCCGUUUGGCAUGUUAACAAGCUGAUUUCCCUUUGUUACUGUGACCACACACUAAAUUAUUGUUACAGUAACUAAUAUCCACCAUUGAA